AUGUCCGAUAUCAUGCUUUUUACAAGUUAUGAAGAUGAAUUACAGAGAAUUUUACUUCCGCAAAAUGUACAAAUAAAUUCUUAUUUAGAAGAGGACUAUAAUACUAAGCUAAUUCCUACAGAUACUUAUCCGAAUAAUUAUGAUUCAUAUGACUCAUAUCUUGACUUAUAUGAUGAUUUAUAUGAGAAUAUAAAUAUCAAAGAAUUCGAUGAAAAAUUUCUCUCGGAUUCAGAAGUAAACAAAAAAUAUUGUAAAAAAGAAAAAGAUUGCAGAUUUUUAUUCAUAUAUUAUCAUUCAGGACAAGAAUCAAAAGCCAAUAUACAUUUAAAAACAUUCUCUCAUAUAGCCGGUAUUCUCGAUCGAACUAUGGUUUUGACUAAUGUUGGGCGUUCACGUAUUGAGUCAUGUAAUCAAUUUCCUUUCGAAUUUUAUUAUAAUUUAAAUGCUUUACGAAACCUUUUUCCAAAAGUUAAUUUUAUCUCUCAGUUGGAUUUUGAAAAUUGGUCUCGAAAUCGAUUUAAAAAACCAACUAUUCAACAUUUACAUCUUUCUCAUGAUGACUCAUUAAUGCCGAUAUUAGAACAGGUCAAUCCAAUUAUUGAACCAGUAACACAUAUCAAUUGUUUUAAUAAAUUUGAUCUGAAAUUUGAUAAUAUAGCUAAAUUUCAACGAAUCUCAAUUAACUCUGAAGUUUUAUUACAAGUAAAUGAUGGGAAUGAUUCCUCUACUUUGUUGAUUAAAAAUUUAAUGGAUUCAGAUGCUGAAAUAUUGUUGAUAAAAGAUGAUAUUGGCAAAGAAAUACUUACACAAACGCAUUCUGCUAUACCAUAUGCAAAUCAUAUUAUUAAAGAGGCUUUGAGAAUUAAAGUUGCGUUGAAAUCAUAUGUUGCAGUAUAUUGGCGUAUGGAAGGUGUGAAUCCAAAGAGUUUACCAGAAUGUGCAAAACAACUUAGUAAUACAUUACAAUAUAUUCGUGAAAUUCACGGAAUUAGUAAUGUUUAUUUAUCAACAGAUUAUCCAAUCUCUACAGAAUUAAAUGAUCCAUUUUCGCAGUUUUCACAUUUGACUGAAUAUUACAAUCAAGCUAUGAAGAUUUUAAAUUCAACAACAGAUAUUAAUAUUUAUUCUCGAAUAUCAUUUGAUACAUUUGGCAAACUUAGAAAUAGAAUAGGUAAUAAUGAUGAGUUUAUAGCAACCGAUGGUGUUCAACGGAUAUUAGAUCGAAUUGUCUGUAUAGGUGCUGAUUAUUUUCUGAGUGGACCAGCUAAUUGUUGUGAGCAAUUAAACACAUUUAUAAGAACAGUUAUUAAUGCCCGAAAUGAACUAUCUAAAUUUGACGACUCAGAGCUUCAAAAUAUUAUUUCACGAUGGUGA